CAAGCCCACUCUUUUAUCACCCACCAUCAUGGAUGUUGAGAUGCUCGAUGGUACUUCUUCGGCUACCCACCAGACCAGUCGCUCCUGUGCGACAUGCAAAAAACCAAUGCCCGACGAUGCGCCUUACAAGUCCUGCGCACCAUGCCUAACCAAGAAACGGGAGUACCAGAGACGCUUCACUCAACGGAAGAGGGAAAGAAAGGGUAUUACAGAAAUUGUAGGACUGCAGACGAAGGCGGAGGACGAUGAGAAUGCGAAGAAGAAAAGGGUCAGGCAGAUCUUGCGGGAGGUGCAAGGACCGGAGUCACCAGCAGCGGACUCCACCACUAAAUCCUCAGGCGGGGGCGGGGAGGCCUUCGUCGUCCAAACAGCGUCCGAUCUCUACAAGGCCAUCAAAGCCCAACCAAAGCUCGCGCACAACAUGAACGCCUGCCACUCGAUCGUUUCCGUCCCCUCCAUCAGCCAUCAGAAACGCACCAAGUUGGUUUCCAAGGAUCUCCUCUCCUUUGCGGGACUCCAAUUUGACCGACACGAAAAUAUUUUCAACGGAAAGCACGGUCGUGGCACCUAUACGCGCAUCUUCAAGUGCAAGUGUCAGUCCUCGCAGGAACAGGAACAGGAACCUUUGGAGCGGAGGGCGAGCAACCUUAGAUCUUGGGUGGUUUCUUCAAAAUCCAAAUCGUCGGAGGGUCCUUGUUCAGGCAGGAUCACUAUCGUUGCUGAGGAUGAUAAUUCCCAUCCGUUGGGUAUCACUGGGCAAAAGAUCUCAGUCAUCGUCGUUCAUUAAACGUUUUCCCUCAUGCUUUAUUUUGUAGAUAGUUCAUGAAUUAAUGUACUCUAUAUCUCUCUAAAAAGAAGUCUAUACACUCGCAGUAGUCGUAAAUUUGCAUUAUGUGCCGUC